GGGGUAACAAGUCUGUACAGACCCGCAGAAGGUCCGCUUGUACUGUGUUUUGAUGCAGACACAUGCCCACUGUCUAAGGCAGAAAUGUAUCUUAAUCACUGUAGGUCUUGUAUAAAUAUCUAUACUAGAUCCGCAGCAACAUUGGAACGACGAAUAGCUGAGGCAACUGUCGGAACUUCUGGGAAAAAAGAUGCAGUCCCAGAAGAAACAAAAACUGACAAGGACAAUUCAAUGGAAGCCCAGGCUGAAACUGAAAAGAAUAACAGUUCCAAUAAAGACAAUGAUGCAGACAAGCACAAUGAUGAAGGGUUGAAUAAUGACAAUGAUGCAGAAGAUGAGAUCAAUGCCAAAAGCAUUGAUGAAGAUGACAAUGAUGAAAAGGAUGAGAUCAAUGCCGUAAUAAUUGAUGAGGAUGACAAUGAUGAAGAAGAUGAGAUCAUUACCAAGAUGAUUGAUGAUUCAGUUAAGGCAGCAACCAAAAUCAUUGAUGAUUCAGUGAAGCUGACAAUGACACCGGAAACAAACAAUGUUGGACUCACAUUAACACAGGAAACUAUCAUGAAGUUUCCGGAGUUUUUUGAUGGGGCUGAAGCUUCAAACGCAGGGUUCGAUAAAAAUCAUUCAGUGUCACAAGGAACAGAUUCAGUUACACAGGAAACUAUCUCCAAGUUUCCAGAAUUUUUUGAUGGGGCUGAAGCUUCAUAUGCAGAGUUGAAUAACGAUGAUUUAGUGAAAAAAGAUUCAGUGCCACAGGAAACAGAUUCUGAGCUAGUGUUGGUACCAGAUGCGAUGCAUCAGGAGAACCCUACAAAAUCUGACUCGAAUGUAGUCAUAAAUGCAACUCCAUUAAAGUCAAUAAAGCCAGAUGAAAUAAUUGACUUGGACAAUGUCACUCCAAAGAAAAGAAAAAAGCAUAAUAUGCUUUAUUCUGAUAAUACAUAUCCUGAGCGUCGACGGGCGGUGAAGAAAUCGAAAUACCUUGCAAGCCCAUAUGAUGACGCUGUCCACAAGUCUGCUGCAACGGAGUUGCAGAAAAAAUUAUCAACAUAUGCUUGGAACCCGGAGCUUGAUAAGGAUCACAUUAUGUACUGCUCAGACAACAAGGCUCAUUUGUAUUCUCUACAAAGGGCUGACUUCUGGACACUUCAAAAAGAUGAAUGAGUAUCAUGCUUUGUCAUAAACAGUUGGGUUAAUUGUUUAAAUUGGAAUCAGCAGGACAACAUGACAAGACUAGUGACACCAUUGGUUAAUUAUUUUGACAUGGAAAGAAUGCCUCCUGUAACUAAAUCAAUUGCGCACUGGAGAUUCGUUGACAGACUGAAAAAUUUUAAGUACAUGGAUUGGAAGGCCAUUGACCCUACAAAGCUAGAAUACAUCAUGACACCAGCAAUAGCUGGCAAUCCAGGAAGCCAUUAUGUCUGCUUUGUCGUCAAUUUUAAAAGCCACAAAUUUGAAUUCCUAAACAGCUUGACGGGGGGAGGAGAGAAAUUGCAGUUACCAAAUGGUGAACCUAGCUUAUACAAACAGAUGUUUGAUGUUUGGCUGAAUGAGGUGGAAGCAUUUGUGACAGAAUUAUAUAAGUUAUGGAAAAUCAAAAUGCCUUUCCAAUUCACCACAUUCAAUUGGGAUACACCAAAGGUGCCUACUCAAGUUGAUUCAGACAAUUGUGGAGUGUUUUGCAUGAAGUUUCUUGAUGAAUGGGGUGGUGAAAUGCAAUCUUUCAAAGGUUGGUCCAAACUUAGGAAACAUGGGGACAAUGGAAAGAUUGCAAAAAUUAUGGAUCUCCGCAUUGAUCUAUGUUCAGCUAUAUUAACCAACUCUAGCAAUUCCAGAAAAGAACAAGUGCUGAAGGAUGCAACUUGAUGGUUUUUUUUUUGACAAAGAAGCAACUUGAUGGUUAAGCACUACAAUUUGUAAAAUGGUUUGAUGCUUCUCUGUAAAAUGGUUAGAAACCAUUAGUGGUAUUAAAUGGUUUCAAGCUGUUGUACAAAGAAACCAUUUGGCAACAGGGUUUAGGAUGUUUUAAACAUUUUAAUAUUUGUUUACAUAACAUUUUAGUUUUAAUGAAUUUUACUUUGUAUGGUAAAA